CAGGCCCGCGAGCACGCCGCGCCUCUCGCUUUGGACGUGCCGCCGCGCGCCCGGGUUCCCCGGCUGGCGCUGGGAGUUUCCAGGCAGUUUUCUAUAGUGGGCAGCUGUGUCAUUUUGCAUUAUCACCAGAAGUGCCUGGGGGUUCUGAUCUCUACCUGGGAGAACCUGUGAGACGUUUCUACAAUGGUUUUCACAGUCCUCAGUAGAGCUGCCCAUGCGCACAUCUGCCUGGUGAGGAGGGUUGGUCAUGUCUGCAGAGGCCAUCAGGAGCAGGCCGGAGGCUUGAGGUCAGCUGCGUCAGAGUUUGCUGCCCCAGGAGCUCCCGGGGGUGUGGUAGAGCUGCUGGGCAGAUCCUACCCUCAGGAUGACCACACCAACGUCAGCCCGAAGGUCUUGUCCCGGGUCGGCCGGAACCUGCACAACCAGCAGCACCACCCGCUGUGGCUGCUGAAGGAGCGGGUGAAGGCCCACUUCUACGCGCAGUACACGGGCCGCUCCGGGACGCCCCUGUUCUCUGUCUACGACAGGCUGUCCCCCGUGGUCACCACGUGGCAGAAUUUCGAUAGCCUGCUCAUCCCAGCUGAGCACCCCAGCAGGAAGAAGGGGGACAGCUACUACCUGAACAGGACCCACAUGCUGAGGGCGCACACGUCGGCGCACCAGUGGGACUUGCUGCACGCGGGGCUGAACGCUUUCUUGGUGGUGGGCGACGUCUACCGGCGCGACCAGAUCGACGCCCAGCACUACCCAGUGUUCCACCAGCUGGAGGGCGUGCGGCUCUUCUCCAAGCACGAGCUAUUUGCUGACAUAAAGGAUGGAGAAAGCCUGCAGCUCUUUGAGCACAGUUCCCGUUCUGCCCACAAGCAAGAGACACACACCAUGGAGGCUGUGAAGCUUGUGGAGUUCGACCUUAAGCAAGUCCUCACCAGGCUUAUGAAGCAUCUUUUUGGAGAUGGGCUGGAGGUCCGAUGGGUAGACUGCUACUUUCCUUUCACUCAUCCUUCCUUUGAGAUGGAGAUCAAGUUCCAUGGAGAAUGGCUGGAAGUUCUUGGCUGUGGCGUGAUGGAACAGAAACUCGUCAAUUCAGCUGGUGCGCAAGAUCGAAUCGGCUGGGCUUUUGGCCUGGGGUUGGAGAGACUGGCCAUGAUCCUCUACGACAUCCCAGACAUCCGCCUCUUCUGGAGUGAGGACGAGCGCUUCCUGAGACAGUUCCGUCUGCCAGACAUUAACCAGAGGAUCAGGUUUCAGCCUCUCAGCAAAUACCCUGCUGUUCUCAAUGACAUUUCAUUCUGGCUGCCCUCCACGAAUUACACAGAGAAUGACUUCUACGACUUAGUCCGAACAAUCGGAGGAGACUUGGUGGAAAAGGUUGAUCUUAUAGACAAGUUUGAACAUCCAAAGACACACAAGACGAGCCACUGCUACCGGAUCACCUACCGCCACAUGGAGCGGACGCUGUCCCAGGAAGAAGUGAGCAGCGUCCACCGGGCUGUGCAGGAGGCCGCCGUGCAGCGGCUGGGUGUGCAGGGCCGCUUCUGAGGUCUCAGCUUCCGCGCAGCCGCCCAGGGCUCACGACCUGUUGAAAGAGGGACCUCCGUUGUGUAUGAGCUGGAGGCAGUCACAACGGGUGGGUUUUAGGACAUUCAGACAAUAAAGGAUCACUUGACUACAA